AAUGCCUAAUAGAAACCCUUCGUCUUCUGAACAGGAAAGGAGAAAACCAAAAGCUCUUUCCUCUGCAGCUGCUACCCUUGCACGUCAUCAUUAUAUGUGUGAACUCUGCCGUUCAUACCCAUAAACAAUUAUUAUUAUUAUUGUUGUUGUUCUUGUUGUUACUAGUAGUAUGAAGCAGAUCCCAAACCCAAACCCAAAACCAAAACCAGUAGAAGAAAAGAGAACAUAUAGAAGAGAAGGCAGAGCUCCCUUCUUCUUGUAACUUCCGUGUGUUUCGUUUUUGUAGUUUUCUGCGUUGAAUUUGUUCAUCUCAAGCCUCCAGUCGUACAAAUGGCAAAACCAAAAGAAACAGAUAAAGAGAGAAAGAUGUUCAUCGGAGUCGCCUGGAACUACGCUGCCGAGCUCAAAUUCCUAAUCACUGCUCUUCUCUUCGUCUGUUCAGUAGUCACUGUUCUUCAGUUUCUUCCUUCCAGGCUCUCCUUCUCCGCCUCUGAUCUGCGUGACUGCGUCACCAAUGUCUCCGCCACUGCCCGUUUGGCCGCGCCUCUGGCCGCUCAACCACUCCCAGCACCCUCUUCCCCGCCUCCCUUACCGUCACCACCUCCCUUACUGUCGCCGCCCCCCCAGAGACGGGACGAGGUGCUGGAUUCGGGCAUCAUCAAGCGGGCCUUCAACCCGUACGGCGCCGCCUCGUACAACUUCAUUCUGAUGAGCGCCUACCGCGGCGGACUCAACACCUUCGCCGUGAUGGGUUUGUCUUCCAAGCCGCUCCACCUCUUCGGCAAGCCGACCUACCAAUGUGAAUGGCUCCCGACCAACUCCACCCCCGAGCAGCCGCCCAUCGUAACCGCCGGCUACAAAAUCCUCCCUGACUGGGGCUACGGCCGCGUAUACACCGUCGUGGUUGUCAACUGCACCUUCUCUUCCCCCGUCGGAGACAACGCCGGCGGGAGAUUGCUCCUCCACGCCGCUACCAACGGCGGGUUCGACCGGGACACCAACCUCACCGACACCGUCGAAGUAUUAACUGAACCCGCCGGCAGCCUGAACGCUUCCUACUUCACGUCGCCGCCAAAAUACGAUUUUCUGUAUUGUGGUUCGUCGUUGUACGGAAACUUGAGCCCGCAGAGGGUUCGGGAAUGGAUGGCCUACCACGUGAGGCUGUUCGGCGAGAGGUCGCAUUUCGUCAUCCACGACGCCGGCGGCGUCCACGGCGAGGUUUUGGAAGUUUUGAAGCCGUGGAUGGAGCUGGGCUACGUGACUCUGCAGGAUAUCAGGGAGCAAGAGCGAUUUGAUGGGUAUUAUCAUAAUCAGUUUCUGAUCGUGAAUGAUUGUUUGCAUCGGUACAGAUUUGAUACCAAGUGGAUGUUCUUCUUCGAUGUUGAUGAGUUCAUAUUUGUUCCCCGCAAAAGUAUCAUUAAAUCGGUCACCGAUUCGCUCUCCGAGUUCACCCAGUUCACCAUUGAGCAGAUGACCAUGUCCAGCAGGCUCUGCCUCGCCGAGGACAGGGGUAAAUCUUUCAGGAAGUGGGGGUUUGAGAAGCUCGUAUACAGGGAUAUCAAGAAAGGGAUCAGAAGAGAUCGUAAGUACGCGGUGCAGCCCCGCAACGUGUUUGCAACAGGCGUACACAUGUCCCAGAACAUAAAAGGCAAGACAACCCACAAAACUGAGGGUCGUAUCAAGUACUUCCAUUAUCACGGUACAAUAGCCCAGCGGCGAGAGCCCUGCCGGGAGCUCGUCAACACCACGGAUAUCACUGUCGAAGGCACCCCUUAUGUCUUGGAGACCACAAUGCGAGGCAUUGCUGGAACCGUGAAGAGAUUCGAGCUGAAAAUGAUCGGGCCAAGGUUACAAAGAACCCGGCAAUGACAGUCCGAGGACACCCUUUGUGGUUCAUUCCAUUCUUUCCCUUUCUUCCUUGCCGUUGUUUCCAUGUCAUUGUUCUGUUCUUUUUUUUUUUCACCUCUUCUCUGAUCCACCCUCCAUGGGAGGAGGGGAUUUUCUUUGGUUUUCUUUUUCUGUAUGAUAGUGUUAUCCCUUGAUCCUCCUUCACAGAAUAGAGACGCAUUUAGAUUAAUAGAUAGAGGCGGUGGUAUAUAUAAAAUCCCUUUUCACGGUUA